CGUCUGUAUCUUGGCGGAGAGGGCUGCAAUUGCUUCCUGCCUGCAGCUGCUGCUGUUGCUGCUUGCAUUGUCCGGCGAGUUGAACACCAUCAUCAUCUGCCUGUGAGGACCACUUCUCCUCUUAGAAAGAAACUGGAUGGCUUCUAAUGUGAACCUGAAUCUGGAUAAUGAAACAUUGUUGGAGGAUGGAAUGCCACCUGCCAAAAAGCCUAGAAAACUGUUGCCAAGCUUGAAAACCAAAAAGCCCCAAGAACUCGUCCUGGUGAUUGGGACAGGGAUAAGUGCUGCAGUAGCUCCCCAAGUGCCGGCCCUGAAGUCUUGGAAAGGGUUGAUCCAGGCCCUGCUGGAUGCUGCGAUUGACUUUGACCUCCUUGAAGACGAGGAGAGGAAAAAGUUUCAGAAGUGUCUCCGUGACGACAAGAACCUCAUCCACGUAGCCCAUGACCUUAUCCAGAAACUGUCACCACGCACAAGCAAUGUCCGUUCUACGUUUUUCAAAGACUGCUUGUACGAGGUCUUUGACGACCUGGAGUCCAAAAUGGAGGACACGGGCAAGCGGCUCCUUCAGUCGGUGCUCCACUUGAUGGAGAACGGUGCCCUCGUCUUGACCACAAACUUCGACAACCUGCUGGAAAUUUAUGCCGCGGACCAAGGGAAGCAGCUUGAGUCUCUUGACCUUACAGAUGAGAAGAAGGUGCUGGAGUGGGCACAGGAGAAAAGGAAGCUUAGUGUCCUACAUAUUCAUGGAGUUUACACAAAUCCCAGUGGAAUAGUGCUCCAUCCAGCUGGCUACCAGAACGUGCUACGCAACACUGAGGUCAUGCGGGAGAUCCAGAAGUUGUAUGAAGCCAAAUCCUUCUUGUUCCUGGGCUGUGGUUGGACUGUGGACGACACCACGUUCCAAGCCCUCUUCCUAGAAGCUGUGAAGCACAAAUCCGAUUUGGAGCAUUUUAUGCUGGUGCGCCGUGGCGACGUGGAUGAGUUUAAGAAGCUCCGGGAAAAUAUGCUGGACAAAGGGAUUAAAGUCAUCUCGUACGGGAAUGAAUACACGGACUUGCCCGAGUAUUUUGAGAGGCUGGCAAAUGAAGUCUCCAACCGGGGUCGAGCAGGUCCACCUCGGGAAGGACAACUAAAUGGCACAGCUACGACACAAACUGAAAUCAAAGGUACGGAGCUUACUUAAUACUUAUCCCCCCUUAAGGCCGGCUUCUUCAAGACGAGUCUCACUAACCAGCAGCUAUCACCCAAGACUGGAACUGUGCCCUCUCGUGUGCGACAAAGACUCGAGACUGAAUCUAGCGGAAGGCGUCCAGCCAAACGCAGAAGUAAGAAUAUGGUAGUCACCUCCCUGCUUCCGAACUGCGACAGGCAGCGUUAAGGUGGCUGCUGGCCAGCUAGGAUGACAACAGAGGCACAGAGAGGAAAAGUAGCAGUAAUCUCAGUCGCCUGUUAAUUCUGGAGUGGCAAAGGCUAAUUCGAAAACUUGUCCUGUUUCUUAAGGCAGAAGGGUGUUGUUGUUUUAAAAGGGAACAUCCGUGUAUCACAAUUCAACUCGGCGUGGGUAAGACCUCUUUAAAAUGUGAAAGGGGGAAGCCUCGGCAGCUAACUUUUUCAUUCAGCAAACCCGAGAAAAUCCCCUGCCUCCAGUGCAUGGUUAACAACUCAAGUUGCACCCAUUAGGGCACACAGAUAUUAUUCCAGAUUGGUAAAUGUAGAAUGUCCUCCUUCCUGAUCACUUAACAGACCAGUUGGGCUUCUGGACAGGAAGCACAAGUGAUCGUUGUGCUUCCUGGCCCGUUUGUUGCAACAUUCCCUGCAUGGGAAAGGUGCCUAAAUCCACGGGCGAGGGGCCGCUUAUACUUGGGAUGCAGCAGCUGAGUCUGCAGAACAAGAAUUCACGUGUUGCUUGUGCUGCUGUUUGGUCCUCCGUCCAUCGCUCCCUUUCAAGAUGGAAUAUCCCGAAGCGAUCCUAGAAUGCCGCCCCAUAGACCUAGGACUGAAUGAGAGGGUGGAACCCACUCUGAUGGUAAAGCCAGCAGUUGAGAAGAGGGGCAAUUCAGCUCCUGGUGAGUGAACUUGACUGUGUGCCUUUUCAAAUUCCCUUCUCCGAGAGCUGGUUUGUUGGCCCCCUUUUUAUCAGCUCUUUUCUUAUCAACCCUUUUCAGUUGCCCGUGGGUUUUGUUAGGAUGGGUCUCUUUUCAGGCCAGUGUCCAGAGUAUCUGCCUAGAAGUUAUCUGAAGACACUAACUCUAUGUAGGAUGCAGCAGCUGCUAGCACAAAGCCUCACCUGCUUUACAGGCUAAAGCUUUCGGUGGACAACUUAAACCGAGCCCCUGGCAGCAACGAGGAAGACAUGCAGCGCUCUCACGUUCGCUUGGGGAAGCGUUACCUUCUCCGCACCUGGUUCUCGGAAGUGCCCGGCCUUGUCUUCCUUAGCUGCUGUCCUGACGUGCGAAACUUUAAUAAGAUCUUCACUUGACACCACCAUUCUUGGACCCUUCCAGUUUGGGCAUGGAGAUGUGUUAAAUCAAUGUGAUGUACUUUUUUUUUCUAUUUAAGGUUGUAUCUGCAAGGAGAUGCAUCCUCUCCCAGCCGGAGCAAGGGUUUGCUACUAGUGCUUUUCUAUUCUGUAAAGGUUCCGACUGAAAUGUGAGCGGUUUUUUUUAACUACUUGAAGCUCUAGUUUUCUAAAGUCUUUUCUUUAUACACAGUGUUUUGUAUGUGUGAAGCUGUAAUAAAGAGGUUGUUCACUUG